CUUACAGAAAGCAAAAUCUUCUAAAAAUAAGUUCCGAAACUGAACAUCCCAAUCUCUCCCUUUCUUGUUUUUUUUUCUUUUGGUUCUGUUUUAACUAGGGAGGGUUUCUGAUCUGUAAGUUAUGUCGCUCUCGAAAGUGGCUUACCCGAUCGGAGUCAGAUUCCGUCUGACCGAGGAGGAGAUCUUUUAUUACCUCCGGGUCAAAAAUCUGGAAAGUAACACUAGCCUUGUCGAUGAAGUCAUCAGCACUGUCAAUAUCUGUAGCUCCGAUCCUUGGCAUUUACCUUCCAUGGCGACUACCAUCGUUGAAACGACCGAUCUGUUUUGGUAUUUCUUUGGCCGUAUAGAGAACAAAUACAACAAAGGUGAUAUACAAAGCAGACGAACACAAUCCGGGUUUUGGAAGAAAACCGGAAAGACAAUAGAUAUCAAGCGAAAGAGCGGCAAUUGCGAAAAGAUUGGUGAAAAAAGGGUUUUGAUGUUUUACUUGAAAGGUGGAUCGAAAUCCAAAUGGGUUAUGCACGAGUAUCACGCUACCUUCCCUUACUCUCCUCCUAACCAGAUGAUGACAUAUACACUCUGCAAAGUAAAGUUUAAGGGUGAAAUGAGAGAAAUUGAGGAAAGUCGCACUUUAUACCCAGCUCCAAUGAAUAAUAAUGAUAACAAUAUUGGUGGUUUGAUAAUUAAGAAUCCAUGUCAGAUUACUGGAUCUCCUCUAGAUUUGGAUGCACUGGACUGGGUUAUGGAUGAUAUAUUAAGUCCUGAUUUCGUGGGCUUGGCGGCUGAUGAUGAUGACGAACAGAGUAAGGGUGUUUACAUGGAAGAAUACAACAGAUACAGACCUAAAAAGCCAUUGACUGGUGUCUUCUCUGAUAAUAGUAGUGACUCUGAUUCGAUUUCUCCAACCACAAGUUUUGUUUCAUACGAACAGAGUUCCAUUCAAACUUCGAGCACUUGUGAUAGUUUUGGUAGCUCAAACCAAAUCAUCACAGACCUGCUGCCAGAAUCUCCUACCUCGCCAGUCAAAGAAACACCUGUGAAGAAGAAGAAGACUUAUGACGAUGAUGCACUAGGGACUGAGAUUGGUGAGCGUAAUAAAUUGGGUCAAGUGAUGAUGAUCAAGAACAAAAAAGCUGGUUUCUUUUGCAGGAUGAUACAAAAAUUCGUCAAGAUAAUUCAGCUAUGUUCUUCUAACUAAAGAACAUGAUAUCAAUUAUUAUGAUCAAGAACACCUAUUUGUACUUUCCAUAUAUGUAGAAGAGUUAGUUUUGUGUCUAUCUUCCUUAGCAAAGAAAAGAGAGAGUUUAUAUAUUAUGUAUUUAUGUCUAUCUUGUUUUGUAACUUUUCCAAAUUGUAGCGUGUUCCAUUAUAUAUACAUGUAAAAGGUGAAUUCGUGGUACACAUAUGAUGUAGACCAAUUGCUAUUGUAGCGAGUUCCAUUAUUAUCUUGUCAUUACAAAAGAAGCGAAGAAUAAAUAUCCAAUCAAGAUACUUAGUUUUAGUAA